AUGGUUGCCCAAAUUGCCAAUGCUCAAGAAUUCGAACAAAAAGUCGCCAACGCUCCAGCUGGAAAAUUAGUUGUCGUUGACUUCUUCGCCACCUGGUGUGGUCCAUGUAAGAUGAUCUCCCCAAUGGUGGACAAGUUCGCUGUUGAAUACGAUGCUGCUGAAUACUACAAAGUCGAUGUCGAUGAAGUCGGUGACAUUGCUCAAAAAUACGAUGUUACUGCUAUGCCAACUUUCUUAUACUUCAAAGACGGUAAGGAGAUUGCCAGAGUUGUCGGUGCCAACCCAGCCGGUAUCAAGCAAACUAUUGCUUCCAACUUAUAA